AGCCCAUGGUACGUACCGUAGGUCUUUUUUGUGUAGCAGAGACAUCAAAAGACAGCAACAUACUUUCAACACAUUUCGCACCUCUAGACGACACACGUGGAUAGCUUUUACAUGAUAUCAAACAUGAAAAAAGGUACUUAGGAAAGAUUUUUUGAAGUUGACGACAAAUGAAUCACGAUUACAGAAGAAGUAGAACGGAAUUUGAUAGUUUAGUACAGAAGUAGGACCAGUAGAAGUCGGUAAAAGUACUAGUUCCACCUACUCAUUGCGACGACCAAAAGCGGGCCAAUACUAGUUUUGGAGUUUGAGUUACAGAUAAAGAACCAACUACAACGUUAAGAGCUAUAGUUGCGGGACCUACAACAGGCAGUGACGUUGUACUAAGCUCCUCAUCAAGACGAGGACCCACAACUACAAGAAGCAUACAAGUCGUAAACUCCUAUGACGAUGCAGGGCGCCGGGCAUCCAAAUGCGGGGAGAAAAAAGGUUCUCCUGAAGGUGAUCAUCCUUGGCGACAGCGGCGUAGGGAAGACAUCACUCAUGAAUCAGUACGUCAACAAAAAAUUCUCCAACCAAUACAAAGCGACCAUCGGAGCGGAUUUUCUGACAAAGGACGUCAUAAUAGGUACUAGUACUUAAGCUUGUCUAACUGUUUCUCCUGCAUGAAUUCGUACAGUAGUACACUGUGGAUGAUGUUGAUUUCAUCGUGCUUUUUUCAGUGGUACCAAACUCACUUCUCAUGUCGAACAAGGAACAUACGAACUUUUCUUCAAAAAUUCUAUCAGAUGAAAAGUUCGUGACGAUGCAAAUAUGGGACACCGCCGGACAAGAACGAUUUCAGUCCCUUGGUGUCGCCUUCUACCGAGGCGCGGACUGCUGCGUCUUAGUCCACGAUUUGACGCAAUUUAAAUCCUUCGAGCACCUGGAGUCCUGGAGAGAAGAAUUCCUGGUCCAAGCAGCACCAAAAAACGCAGAAAACUUCCCGUUUGUCGUGCUCGGUAUUUUACAAAUUUGUUUAUUCCUGUGGAACGAACAAUUCUUGUUUAAGUUUAAGAUGGAGAGACUUUUGCAUGGUCUGGCGACAUUCUUGAGUGUCAAAGAAGUUGUCACGCGUGUUAUCGAAAGGUCGUCAAUGUUUGUGAUGCAAAAGUAAAACCAUUGUCAGGUAACAAGUCCGACCUGAACCCGCAUGUGACGAAGAACCACCUGAAGUCCUACAAGGAUUGGUGCCAGCAGAAGGGUAUCAACUGCAAACAUGUCUGGGUCUGCAAAUCUGUGAUGCUGAAUUGUACAUGACUGAAAUACUUCCCAGAGCAGCAAAGCAUGACAAGUUUUCCAGACACGCUCUUCUCAUGCGCAGUCCGCCUGAGAAACUGCGCUUUUGUAUGACAAGAGGAGGCGUCGUUUUGUUAGUUAUGCAACACAGAUUUUACAGGAAUGUCCAACGAGCAUUACAAGUUCAAUGUUUCCAGGCCCAGACAUAUUUGCACGGCAUAGAGGGUGAAAUUCCGCACUACAUGACCAGUGCCCGGGAAGCGACCAACGUCGAGGAAGCGUUUCGGGAAAUCGCGAGAAAAGCGCUGCAGCAGGAGGCGGCGGAGUCGAUUAGUUUAUCAAGUGCAAAAAUGUCUGGGUCUGGAAACUUGUGAUGCUGCGUUGGGAAUAGGGAAUGCUCUGUAAUGCACAGCCAAGCAUGAGAAAUAUCUGCGCUUCUUUGUGUUGCCUUUUUCGCAUGACAAACUGUGUUUUUGCAUGACAGGCAAAAGGGUCUCUUCUUGGAGACGCAUCACAAACUUUUUGGUCAUCCCAGACAAGCAUGACAAGUCUCGCAGUCUUCCAGACCCAAACAUAUUUGCAUUCGAUAUAGUUACGUCCCGGACAACACGCUGAUCAACUUGAACCAGCACGAACACCAGCGCAUGGCCGGACCGCCGCCGGGCGCGGAUAUGAACUGCAAAAGUAUCGUACUCGUAGUAUUGCAACACAAAUUACCUCAGCAUGACAAAGAGAGUUUGUCAUGCUGAUUUAGCUAGAAAAUGACAUUUGUCUUGCAUGAUUGCGAUUAGUACGAGUACGAUGCUUUUGCACAGGAUAGCGGACUGCGCUUGCUGA